UGAGCUCACCCACAGGACCGGCGUGUGGCCAUGGAGUGAACGUCACCUUGUGUCUAAGAAACGAGAGGGAAAUGGCCCGGGAAGUCAACGUGAGCUCCUUCCAGGAAUCUGAAUGGGAGGUGAUUCUCCCAGUCCUGUACCGAGACCGGGCGGUUCAGAAAGUCGAGGAGGAGAGGAUACGGAAACUGAAGACGCACCUGCAGCACCUCCGGUGGAAAGGCGCGAAGAGCGCGGGCCAGGAGUACAGCGAGAAGUCCUGCGCCCGCUGCCAGCGCGGGCUCGGGCUGCUGCUGAACCGCGGGGCCGUGUGCCAGGGCUGCAGCCACCGCGUGUGCUCCGCGUGCCGCGUCUUCCCGAGCAGUGGCCCCGUCUGGAGGUGCACCGUGUGCUACGAGGGCAGAAACGUGAGAAUAAAAACUGGAGAAUGGUUCUUCGAGGAACGAGCCAAGAAGUUUCCAACUGAAGGUAGACACGAGACAGCUGGAGCAAAGCUCUUGCAGUCUUAUCAGAAACUGAGCAAAAUUUCCGUGGUCCCUCCCACCCCACCUCCGCUCAGUGAAAGCUGGUGCAGCAGCCCUGGCAGGAUGCAAGAACUCAGGCAGCCUAAAGGAUUUAAUAAGUCCGUGGAAAACUUGUUCCUGUCUGUUACCACCCACAUGAAAAAGCUCUCCAAGUCCCAGAACGACAUGACCUCCGACAAGCAGCUCCUGAGCACAGGCCCCGAGCCGGCGGCGGGCUGGACAGAGAGAAGGAGCCAGACGGAGAGAAGGAGCCAGUCGGACACGGCCAUCAACGUCACCGCCCGGAAGGUGAGCGCACCAGAUAUCCUCAUCUCUCUCAAUCCAGAGAGUCCCAAACACCCUACCGACCCCGUUUUGAAGCAAGGUCUCUUAUCCCAUCCGACGCCCAGCCCUUCCUUCUCAGGAGGCUCGAGGCAGGGAAGUUUAAUUAGCAUUAAUAGCACUUGUACAGAGAUGGGCAAUUUUGACAACGCUAAUGUCACUGGAGAAAUAGAACUGGCCCUUCGGUAUUGCUUCAAAACCCAUUCUUUAGAAGUCUGCAUUGAGUCCUGUAAGAACCUUGCGUAUGGAGAGGAAAAGAAGAAAAAGUGCAAUCCGUACGUAAAGACCUAUCUGCUGCCUGACAGGUCCUCCCAGGGCAAACGCAAGACUGGAGUCCAAAAGAACACGGUGGACCCAACCUUUCAGGAGACCUUGAAGUACCAGGUGGAGCCCACCCAGCUGGCGACCCGGCGGUUGCAGGUGUCUGUGUGGCACCUGGGCACCCUCGCCCGGAGAGUGUUUCUUGGAGAAGUGAUCAUCCCUCUGGCCACGUGGGACUUCGAAGACAGUGCGACACAGUCCUUCCGCUGGCACCCGCUGCGGGCCAAGGCAGAAAAGUACGAAGACAGCAUUUCUCCGAACCCCGGGGAACUCACAGUCCGGGCCAAAUUCGUGUUCCCUGCGGGGCCCGACAGGCUCCAGGCAGCCCAAGGAGGAGGGGAGCCACCGUGUACCGGUCAACUCUGUUUGGUGGUGCUGGGAGCCAAGAAUUUACCUGUGCGCUCAGGUGGCACCCUGAACUCAUUCGUUAAGGGCUGUCUCACUCUGCCGGACAAGCAACCGCUGAGGCUGAGGUCCCCCGUCCUGAAGAAGCAGGUGUGUCCCCAGUGGAAGCAUUCCUUCGUUUUCGACGGGGUGACCCCCGCUCAGCUGAGGCAGUCCAGCCUGGAGCUGACCGUCUGGGACAAGGCCACCUUCGGUGUGAACGACCGCCUGCUCGGAGAGGCCAGGCUUGGCUCCGAGGAAGACCCGGCCGGAGGCACUGGCCCAGGCGCACCCUCAAAGCUUCAGUGGCAGAAGGUUCUUUCCAGCCCCAACCUGUGGACAGACAUGACCCUCAUCCUGCACUGA